UAACAACGUUGUUUACGGCUAAUACGCACGCCCCUCAAUAAAUAAUAUGUGUGGGGCGUAACUCGUCUGCGGGGACUGCAAGCAAAUUUAGAAGGACUCUAGCUUGUUCAGCCGGCAGUGAAUCUCACCGUUUUGGAGCCGACACGUAAAAAAUGCAGGUUCUACUCGGAAUAAGUUUUUUACUACUUGUUCAGAUUGUUGUCGUUAUAGUUACUGGGCAGCAGUGCUCCGAAGAGGGAGUGGUGAGGUUGGCGGAUGGCGUGAAUGUGGACGGAGUGAGAGUUUACGGCAGAGUGGAGAUCUGCAUCAACCAACAAUGGGGCACGGUGUGUGACGACGACUGGGACGUUGCGGAGGCCCGCGUCGCAUGCUCACAACUUGGUUUUUACGACUUCGCUAUUCCUUUAACCGAAUACGGCGGUGGAUCUGGUCGAAUUCACCAUUUUUCUUGUGCUGGGAAUGAAAAUGGUCUUCUGAACUGUUCGAGCGAUCUAGAUGUUGAUUACUGCUACCACUUUGAAGAUGUUGGAGUUUUGUGUUAUAAUGCGGAGUGUAAUGAGACUGAUGUUAGACUGGUUGAUGGCAGGACUCCUAAUGAUGGACGGGUGGAGAUAUGUUUUGAGAGGGUGUGGGGAUCUGUGUGUGACGACAGUUGGGAUGACAGAGAUGCUGAAGUGGUGUGUAGACAAUUAGGAUAUGAUGGAAGGCCUAUUGCACUGAUGAGCCACCCAGUUUUGUCUAAUUACCCACUGCUAUAUCACCUGGAUGAUGUUGAGUGCUCUGGAAGCGAAGACAUGUUGAGUGAUUGUGCACAUGGCGGAAUUGGUGUUCACAAUUGUAUUGUAAUGGCAGAAGAAGCUGGAGUUAUAUGCAGUGCACGUGAUGGGUGCAACGAGACUGAUGUAAGACUGGUUGACGGUGUGACUUCUGAUGAUGGACGAGUUGAGAUAUGUUUCAGUGGGCUGUGGGGCUCAGUAUGUGAUGACAGUUGGGACUACAGAGAUGCUAGAGUUGUUUGUCAGCAACUGGGGUACAACGGAACGUCUGUUGCACUGUCAAGUCAUCGCGUGUUAACAGACGAGUCGCUGUUCUAUUAUCUUGAUGAUGUUCACUGCAGUGGCAAUGAAAACUUACUGAGUGAAUGCGAACAUAGAGGAGUUGGUAUUCAUAACUGUGGUGUGGGGUAUGAAGAAGCUGGAGUUUUAUGCAGCAACACCGUUGAAUGCAACGAAACUGAUGUUAGGCUAGUUGCGGGUACAACCCCCUAUGAUGGACUGGUUGAGAUUUGUCUCUAUGGGCUGUGGGGCUCAGUGUGUGACACCAGAUGGGACUACAGGGACGCUGAAGUUGUGUGCCGACAGCUGGGAUAUGAUGGACCCUCAUAUCCUUUGCUAAGCCACAAUGGUAGUAGUGAACUACGGUAUCAUCUGGAUGAUGUCCACUGUGAGGGAACUGAGAGCAGUCUCAGUGACUGCAGUCACAGAGGUAUUGGGGUCCAUCACUGCUUCCUGUACGAAGCAGCUGGAGUCAUAUGUACCAUUGUAACAUGUAUUGAGGGAGCUGUCCACCUGGUUGGAGGUGAUGAUGUAUCUCGAGGGAGAGUGGCCUACUGCUAUAAUGGAACCUGGUACUCUGUAUGCGCCAGUGACUGGGAUACCACAGGAGAGGAAGCAAGAGUUGUCUGCGAAACCCUCGGCUAUGAUACAUCUUACUAUGCUUCAGUUGUUGUCAACUAUGGUCGAGGGACAGAUCCCAUCCUCCCACUGAGUAUUCAGUGUGCCAGUGGCACCAGUACAUUCAGUGACUGCUCUACAACUGAGCUUGAUGUUAAUCAGUGUUCACAUGCUGCUGGGGUGGAUUGCUUCGCUCUUUGUACGACGGUUGGUCUUACUGACUGCAGCCAAUGCAGCGGUGAAUCCUGCACUAGCUAUGGCUGUCGCUGCAGCUCUGACUGCUUCUUUUAUGGCGAAUGUUGCCCAGACAUCUCAGUGACAAACAAUUGCUUUGUGGAAGAGUGUGAUCACGGAGCAGUUCGUCUGGUGGGUGGACUAACAGACUCCACCGGGAGACUGGAGCUCUGUGCUCUUGGGGUGUGGGGCAAAGUCUGCAAUGCUUUCAGAUAUUGGGGUCCUGACAAUGCCAGAGUGGUGUGCCGUCAACUUGGCUUCUCCGACGAUAGUGCAUAUAUCCUGCAAGAUGACAUAGAGCGAUUUGGGACCAGUGAUAAAGAUGCAGUAAUAGGAGAAGUCCACUGCAUUGGAACAGAGUCAGGGCUAUUGGAAUGCUCUCACAGCAGCAUUGGGUCCCACUACUGCAGUCCCUACUAUUUGGAUUAUGUCGAACCAGAUAUCGUCAUCAGCUGCUAUGAUGAGGUGAGAGGCUGUGAGGGUGGAGAGGUGAGGCUGGAUGGUGGGUUUACCUCCUCCACUGGUCGUGUGGAGGUCUGCAUGGACAGAAGAUGGGGAGGAGUCUGCAGUGAUGGGUUCGAUAUGAAAGAUGCUAGAGUUGUGUGCAGUGAGCUAGACUUCAACCCACGAGAUGGUGCAAUAAUUGAGGGGCCUGUUAUCCUUGAGAAUAGUCCAGUGUUUGUUGGGAGUGUGACAUGCACGGGCUCCGAGCAGAGUUUCAGUGAAUGCAGUCACGACAUGCCACCCAGUGGAGGGUGCUCAGUUGCAGCAAUUUCUUGUAGAAUGUCAAGCUCCAAUCAGCCGAGAUGUACCGAAACUUUCCCUACUUCAGUGCCUGAGCUACAAAGUUAUGGAGAGUGUUCUGUGUACAAAUCAGAAACUGCCGUAUGUGAAGGUGUAGUGAGACUUGGCAUUGAUCACGUAUACGCCAGAUCAAGACUGGGAGACCAGAACACCAUCGCACAACAUCUCAAUGAGAAUCUAGAGACAGUAGAGACUGUGAUUGCUGAUCACGAUGAUGUCUGUGUGAAUCAGGUUUUAAGAGUUCUUUGCAAUUUCUACCUACCACCCUGUGGUAAUGCCACCCACCCUGCCCCUCCUUCCUCCAUCUGUCAAGAGGAGUGUCAUAUGGUACAUGAAAAGUGUCAGAAAACGUGGGAUGCCCUUUUACUAGCCUUCAGGAGUAUAGAUCCAAUUCUCGACUGCAACGAUACAUCCAGUUUGCUCUUCCCUAUCCCACACUGUUGUACAGGUGCUGGACUAGGUCUGUGACACACACAUACUUUUUCUCUCAUCAACUCUUAAUACAUGCAUGUCCAUGCUUGCUGGAGUUAUAAACAUCAAUCUGUAACUUUUUAAGAAUGAGUUAAACCCAGUGUCGUAUGUUGACCCAAAUUGAAGCAUUAAUCUAAGGGGGUGUAAUUAUUAAAUACACCUUGUAGCUACAACACCAUUUUCAAAGAAGCGGAAGGACAUUUUGUUUUCUAAACAAAGUGCUCUACCACUGAGCUACAGGUGUAUGUAUGAUAUCUAUAGUUCAUGUUCUUUCAGAUUAAACUUUAAGCACCACUGCUUUUCUGAAUGUGGAUGUGUUACACACUCCAGGCAUUUCACUGGGGGAUAAAGCCUCCUCACGGCAGGGAGACAGUGGAGGGGAUGUGGCAGGGAUUCUCAGCAGUGUUCUUGUUGUCAUUCUACUGCUUGCUGUGGCAGCUGUUGGAGCUGUUGUAUUGAUGGUGGUGCUGUCCAGGAGACAUAAGAGAAAACGAAUGGAGAGAAUGCAACUUGACAUACUAGCCCUCCCUGGAAAUGAUGCCCCAGUCCUUGCCUCAGUAACGGAGACAGCAAUGACAACCCACAGCAUAGAGAUGGAACCAGGAGAGAAAGGAGCUGCUAUGGGGGCUUCCAUUGUUACAGAUAACCCUUACAGGAAGACAUACAGAGCUGGUCAACCAGUGUCCAUGAAGGCAUCUGACGGUUCACCGAGCUCACUACAAGUCCCUGGGUCCAGGAACAGGAUCCCCACAUAUCAUAUGAGGGAACUAUCCAGGGGAAGGUUCCUUCUCAACAUUGAUGACAUCACGUUAUUGGACUGCAUUGGAGAAGGGGAGUUUGGGAUAGUCUACAGAGGCAGAGUGGGACUUACAAAGAGGGACGUGGCCGUGAAGACACUGAAAGGUGAUUUUGACCAGGAUGAGGUUGACAAGUUUGUGGAGGAGAGUUUGAAGAUGGGUCGAUUCAAGCAUGCUCAUGUGAUGGGUCUAAUUGGAGUCUGUCUUGAUGCUGGCUCCGCCCCUUACAUCAUCAUGCCUUAUAUGGCCAAUGGGAGUCUUUUGAAAUACCUCAAGAAAGAAAGAAAGAACAUUGUACUCUCUGAGGAAGCUGAUGAAGAUGAGGUGAAGGAGGUUCGUAAGCGACUGAUGGUGAUGUGUUCCCAGAUAGCCAGUGGGAUGGAGUACCUGGCAGCUGACAAAUACGUCCAUAGAGACCUCGCUGCCAGGAACUGCAUGAUCGAUGCCCAUUUCGUGAUCAAGAUCGCAGACUUUGGUCUGUCGGAGGACCUGCUUGAGAAGAACUACUUCAGACAGGGAGGUGGGAGUGGGGAGGGAGUGAAACUGCCGGUCAAGUGGAUGGCUCCAGAGAGCCUCAGUGAUGGACACUUCUCUGAAAAGAGUGACGUGUGGUCGUAUGGAGUGACAACGUGGGAGAUAUUCAGUGGAGGGAAGGCCCCAUAUCCAGGAACUGAUCCUCUCAUUCUCAUACAGAGUCUGGAACAGGGCUACCGGAUGCCUCAACCUUAUAACACCGUCUGCAACGAGGAAAUCUAUGGGAUAAUGAUUCAGUGCUGGCACAUGGCUCCGGAAGACAGACCAACUUUCAAGGAGCUCUACUGUAGUGUCUCACAGUCCAUUGAACGUGAUGCAGGCUACCUGCAGUUUGGAUUUAACCCUUUCACUG